AACUAGCAGUCUAACUUCCUGGAAAUUACAUAUCAAAGGCCCGUUAAUCACUAGCUUGCAUAGCAUAUAUUUGGGCUUAUCGCUUAAGAUAAAGAGCAUGUCUUUUGGAUUACAGAGCACACAAGAAGCUCCCUUAGCUGACUCUGGUUCAGUAUCUGCUUCAAGCAAUGAUAACAGAAAAGUUUCACGCCAAGAUAUUGAACUUGUCCAGAAUUUAAUAGAACGGUGUUUGCAGUUGUAUAUGAAUAGAGAUGAGGUGGUCAAAAUCCUCUUGACUUGGGCAAGAAUAGACCCUGGGUUUACAACAUUGGUAAUGGCUGCAGUCAGUGAAAAGUUGGAAGAGGAAAAUGCUGAUUUUUUCAGGGCCUAUUACAUAAGGCAGAAAUUGAAAAAGCAAAUUGUUUUGUUCAAUAAUUUGCUUGAGCAUCAAUAUCAUCUCAUGAAAUACCCUGUACCUUCUAAGGUUCCCUUGGCCCCAAUACAGAACGGGAUUCAUCCCAUGCCUGUUAACAAUUUGCCAAUGGGAUACCCUGUGCUGCAACAGCCUUCAGUUCCUCCUGGUCAACCACAUCUUGAUCCUAUGGGAAGUGGAAUAUCUAGCUGUCAUGUUGUCAAUGGAGUCCCUGCACCAGGCAAUUUCCAACCUAUGCAAAUGAAUUCUGGGAACGACUUGGUGAUGGACAACAAUGCAAGUGAUGUAGCCCAUUCUAUUCCUCCUGGCACUGCCAUGUCAUCCAUGUCAGAUAUACCUGUCAGUGCCACCUCAGCAGCAUCGGGCAGCCAUUUUCCAUUCACUGCAUCAGACAUAUCAGGGAUGGGAGUGGAUACAUCUGCACUUGAUGCAGCCUCUACAACUGAUGUGACAAGUUCAGUAGGAUCACAGCUUGGACUUGAUGGUGGGGCUGGAAUUUUAGCCUUACAGGUUUAACAGCUGAUCUGUCAAACGUGGGAGGUAAGAAUUCUGUUGUUAUUGCAAGGAAUCAUUCAGGCAAAAAAAAAAUCCAAAUAUUCAAAUUCUGCAUCUUCCCCUUGUUUUAUAUAUGCUGAUGGAUUUACCUUGUUUCAGUGGAGGAGUAUUUUGUUGAUUCUGUCCCCGGACCACAAAGCUCUCAGUCAGACGAAGAGAAAAACAUAGACUAAGGUGAGGCUUGUAUCAUUCCUUAAAGGUCAAAACUAUUAGGAUAGGGCGAAGUUAGAUCAAUAAGAAGCAUUUCUCAUCAUCUCAGUAGGCUAUUUAAUGAUAUUAAC